UCCACAAUGUCAGCUGUGGAGGAGGCGGGGCUUGAGUGACGUUCCAGGAAGCUUCCCUCGUGUGUUUGUGUCCGGAUAAAUUCAUGGUGAAGUGAUGGCGUCUGCAGCAGACGAGCAGCUGUGUCUGAACAUUUGCAGCAGUGCGUCUUCAUCAUCAUCAUCUGCGUCCAACACGAGGAAACGUCUGACGGCUCAGCAGAGAUGGGCAGCAAAAGCAGCAAAGAAGAAGAGGCUCAGCUCCUCGGAGGAGGCGAAAUGCUCCUUUAAACAGAGACGGUGCCUUCCUCAUACAGAGGAGGAAGAGGAGGGUGCACCGCCUGCAGACCUGCAGGCUCAGCCCCCUGAAGUAACACACAGGACACCACAGAAGAAGAGAGACAAGAUGGAGGAGAAGAAGAAGGGUGUGAAGGAAACGGGGCACGGCAGCAUCAAGACUUCCUCUCUGUUCAAACACAACCCAGACAUCCCAGAAUUCCACAGACCAGCCGUUUCCCCGGUAACGGAGAAGGUGUUUACAUCCGACUCGUUUUCAGAGCUCCACUUGCAUCCCCACCUGGUGGCAACACUGAAUAAAGUCCUGAAUGUUUCCACUCUGACCAGCAUUCAGAAGCUGACCAUCCCUGCUCUUCUGUCGGGCCGAGAUGCCGUUGUUCGAUCUCAGACUGGUUCAGGUAAGACUCUGUCCUACGCUGUCCCGCUAGUUCAGAGUCUUCAGUCCAUUCAGCCGAAGAUCAGCAGGUCCGAUGGUCCUCUGGCUCUCGUCAUCGUCCCCACCAGAGAGCUCUCGCAGCAGACCUUCCAGACCUUCCAGAAACUCCUCAAGCCAUUUACCUGGAUCGUCCCAGGUGUACUGAUGGGAGGAGAGAAGAGGAAAGCGGAGAAAGCCAGGAUUCGUAAAGGAAUCAACAUCUUGGUGUCGACUCCUGGGCGUCUGGUGGAUCACAUCAAACACACCCUGAGCAUCGCCUUUAGCGCUGUCCGCUGGCUCAUCCUGGACGAGGCCGACAGGACGUUGGACCUGGGCUUUGAGAAGGAUCUGACCGUCAUAUUAAACAGUCUGAAUUCUACUGGACCGGCCCGACAGAACGUCCUGCUCUCUGCAACACUGACACAUGCUGUGACCCAGUUAGCAGAUGUCUGCUUAAAGGAUCCAGUCAGCAUCCAUGUUGCAGGUCCCGCCUCCUCAUCGGUAACCUCUGACCCCACACCCAACAGCCAAUCAGAGAGCUUUGCCAUGCCCGAAGCGCUGAAGCAGUUUGUGGUGGUGGCUCCCAGUAAGAUCCGACUGGUCUGCCUGGCUGCCUUCAUACUGGACAAGUGCAAGUUUUCUCAGAACAACAAAGUCAUUGUCUUCGUGUCGAGCUGCGAGGUUGCCGAGUUCCUCCACUUUCUCUUCACCUGCGUCCUCUCUGAGACCUCGGCCAGUCACAAGAUCCGGUUCUUGCGUCUCCAUGGCAACAUGAAGCAAGAGGAACGCUCAGAGGUCUUUGAGGAGUUUUCAGCUGCUGGUUCUGGAGUCCUGCUGUGUACGGACGUAGCAGCCAGAGGUCUGGACCUUCCUCAGGUCACCUGGAUUAUUCAGUACACUCCUCCAGCAUCAGCAGCUGAGUAUGUUCACCGGGUCGGACGGACGGCUCGUAUUGGAGGAAGAGGAAGCAGUCUCCUCUUUCUCACACCUGCUGAGACGACUUUCAUCAGCGAGUUGGCCAAUCACAAUAUCAGCCUAUCAGAGAUGAAGGUACUCGACAUGCUAUCCUGCUUGAUGAUGGAUGACACUUAUAAGGGGCGAGGCAAGUACCACAGCAAGAGUUCAUCCAAAGCUCUGGAGCAGGAAGUCCGCGAACGCGCCACCGUCCUCCAAACGGAGUUCGAGAACUUCGUCCACGCAGAUGCUCAGACUCUGCAGGCCGCCAAGAAAGCGCUGCAGUCCUUCCUGCGGGCAUACACCACCUACCCCGCUCACCUCAAACACAUUUUCCACAUUCGCUCACUCCACCUGGGACACGCCGCAAAGAGCUUUGGCCUCAGAGAUGCUCCACGAGGCCUGACCUCCACCGGGGGACCCUGGACCAGGACCAAGCCGCAAAAGAAGCCUGACAGGAAUCCAGCCAAGAACCAGAAAGCUGGAAAGAAAAGGUUUCAUCUGGGUCAGAGGGAGGCCCGGCUGUUCCGCUCCGAGUUUUCCAGCGGGUUGGAGGAAGGCAACGCCACGAAGAGAAAGAAGAAGAUAGCCGGUGGAUCCAAGGAGGAGGAGGAAUGACGAGGUCCGGCAUGUUAACUCUGAUGUUAACAUUCAGAGGGAUUCCCUGAUGAGUCACCUGGAAAACUUGGGAGAAACCAAUCGCAUGCUGGAGCAGCAGUCCGGCCGAAGACGAUGCUGAGCGAAGAUGGACAUAAGUCACGUGAUCUGGAACAAAAAGUCUCAGAAAACAUCAGAAACAGCAUUUCCUGAACUCACCGAGGGCCAGUGGAGAGUCUGAUCUGUAGUCUUAAUUAGACUGUAAUGAUUUAAUGAUGACGGGAAGGAGACCUGAGUCCUGGUCCGGAGGUGGCACCUCUGACAGGACCACUAUUUUAUCUCUGAUGUCCCAUUAAAUCCUUUCAACUUG